GGUGCGCCUACAGGUGAGCUGCCGCAGCGUGGUGGAUAAGACGAAUAGGCUGACAUGACGGGGGUGGCCUCUCCAGAGAAAGCACCAAGCUCCAAGAAGAAGAGCGAGAGGAAGUGUGCCACCAAAGAGGAGUACAGGCAGCUGUCUAGCAUCAUGGGAGUUAUGAACAACCUGAGGAAACAGGGUACUCUCUGUGAUGUGACCCUGGUUGUUCAGGGGAAACACUUUCCUGCCCACAGAGUAGUGUUGGCUGCUGCCAGCCACUUCUUCAGCCUCAUGUUCACCACCAGAAUGAUGGAGUCGAUGUCCCAUGAGGUGGAGCUCAGGAGUGCUGAGCCUGAGAUCAUUGAGCUGUUGAUUGAAUUUAUCUACACGGCUCGGAUCUCGGUGAACAGCAGUAAUGUCCAGUCCUUGCUCGAUGCAGCCAACCAGUACCAGAUUGAGCCUGUGAAGAAAAUGUGUGUGGAGUUCCUCAAAGGACAAAUUGAUGCAACAAAUUGCCUUGGUAUUUCCACCCUAUCAGACUGUAUGGACUGUCCCGAGCUGAAGGCAGCAGCAGAGGACUUCUUCCAGCUCCACUUCACUGAAGUCUAUAAACUGGACGAGUUCCUGCAUCUGGAUGUCACACAGCUCACACAUCUACUGCACCAGGACAAACUCACUGUCCGUGCUGAGGCCCAGAUUUAUGAUGCAGCAGUGCGCUGGCUGAAGUACGAUGUGUGUAACCGACAACAGUACAUCGUGGAGGUUUUGGGGUGCGUUCGCUUUCCACUGGUCUCCAAAACUUUCCUCUCCAAGACGGUGCAGGCUGAGCCCCUCAUCCAGGACAACCCACAGUGCCUCAAGAUGGUUAUCAGUGGGAUGCGCUACCACCUGCUGUCCCUGGAGGAUCGGGAGGAUCUGGGAGAGAGCAGCCGACCCCGACGCAAGAAGCACGACUACCGCAUCGCUCUGUUUGGAGGAUCCCAGCCUCAGUCCUGCCGCUACUUCAACCCCAAGGACACCAGCUGGACAGACAUCCGCUGCCCCUUUGAGAAGCGCCGGGAUGCCACAGCCGUCUUCUGGGACAAUGUGGUCUACAUCCUGGGUGGCUCACAGCUCUUCCCCAUCAAGCGCAUGGACUGCUACAACGUCCUGAAGGACAGUUGGUACUCCAAGCUGGGUCCACCCACACCUCGUGACAGCCUGGCUGCCUGUGCCGCCCAGGGCAAGAUCUACACAUCUGGGGGGUCAGAAGUGGGCAGCUCUGCCCUCGACCUUUUCGAAUGCUACGACACAAGAACAGAGUCGUGGCAGGUGAAAUCCAGCAUGCUGAUGGCCCGCUGCAGCCACGGCUCAGUGGAGGCCAACGGCCUCAUCUACGUCUGCGGGGGGACGGUGGGCAACAAUGUGUCGGGCAGGGUCCUCAACAACUGUGAGGUUUACGACCCCAACACACAACAAUGGAGGGAGUUGUGCGGAAUGAGGGAGGCUAGGAAGAACCAUGGGCUGGUGGUUGUCGACAACAGGAUCUAUGCUGUUGGAGGGCAGGGGGCACUGGGUGGACUGGACUCGGUGGAGUACUAUGACAUCACCAGCAAUGAGUGGCGUGCUGCCUCGGCGAUGCCGUGGCGAGGCGUAACGGUGAAGUGUGCAGCGGUCGGUGAGGUCAUCUAUGUGCUGGCAGGGUUCCAAGGUGUGGGGCGGCUCGGGCACGUCCUGGAGUACCACACUGAUACUGACAGGUGGGUGACCUGCAGCAAGGUGCGAGCGUUCCCCGUCACCAGCUGCCUGAUCUGCGUGGUCGACACGUGUGGAGUCAACGAAGACGAAGACAUGGACCUCAUAGACUCUCAGCCACACGCGGCGUCUGCCGACUCUUCAUCUGCCUCAACUUCAUCAUCCUCGUAGGACGAGAGGAAGAUUCAGUGUUGUAUUAAGUUGUGACAGCUACUGCACUAGGUCUCCAGAGACUACAGCGCUGAUUUACAUAAGGCGCAGCCUGACCUGACAGCUCAUACUAAUGUGAAUAUUUAUGUGUAUUUAGGCAGUAACUUGGUGGUGUUUGUUAACUAUGUCCAGCAGUUACAUUUCUCUUUAACCGUUAGCUGUGUCAGAAUUGUAGGUCCUUGUGUUAAAGUGCCAGUGGGACACUAUCCACAAAUGUGUAUUUAAAGGGACAAGGAGACUUUAAUGAGAGAAGGUUGUUAGUUUGGAUACUCAGACUGGUUUAGGAAAAAUCCAAAAACAAAACAAAAAGACUGACGAAUACAGUCGGAUUUUUUAAUUUGAUUUCUUUGUCUUGACAUUAUGUUUUUGUAGCAAGUGAAUUACGUGCUGUUACAGAGUGUGGAUAUACUGCAUUUACUAAUAGUUGAAUCUUGGUUGUGUUGUGUAUAUAUUUGAUAAGAGUGCUUUGCAUUUUAUUAUCAGCCAUAUGUGAUUACAAGUUUAAAAAAAAUCACUGAAUGUGACAUUUAAAAACAUGUCGAGUCUAAUUUCUAUUUUUUAAUACACAAAGAUGAGUAAACUGGAGCACCAAAUUCCUAAGCAUUAAGGCAAAUACUAAAAUGACUUAAGAUUUCAUGAGUAGCUCAUUAAGAAUGACACUAGCUGCCAUACAAAAGAGGGCAUUAAUAAAGUAGCUCUUUGUUUUAUGUUUUUCUAGUAAACAGAGAUUAUAAAUUAAGAUGCCCCUACAUUCAUAGUUUAAAAUUUUGUGUUGGUGUUACUGAAUAAAACUGUCAUG